AUGGCACCUGCUCCGCCGCGUCUAAGAAUCCUCUCAGGUGAGCAUGACUUCAAUCCUGCCGACUCCGAGUCCAAUGCGCUUGUUGUCCGAGCAAAACCUGCCUGCGCCUGUCUCGUCACUACUGUUGGAUCGGCUUAUCCAAAUAUGAAUCGAGAGCUAAGACGUUGUUGUAUAGUUGGUGGAAAUGCAGUCUCUGCCUUUCUAUCGUGGCGGUUACAAGCGACAAACGCCUGCGAUGUGACUUUGGUCUGGAAAGCCAAUUACCAGAGCGUAGCGCAGUAUGGUAUCUCCUUCAAAUCCGAAUUGUUCGGCAAUGAGCGAUUCAAGCCGCGAUAUGUUGUUCAAACACCUGAAGAGGCCGCGAGCCAACAAGCCGCCUUCGACUACGUGAUCCUAUGCGUGAAAGCUCUCCCAGACGUCUACAAUCUGGCAGACAUUAUCCAAUCUGUUGUCACCCCUCAACAUACCUGCAUUCUUGUGAAUACCACAAAUACUCUGGGAGUGGAGAAACAGCUGGAAGAGAAAUAUCCCUCCAACGUGGUUCUGUCCCUCGUCUCCGGCGCCAACUUGAUCCAACUCGGCUCCAGUGAGUUUGAACACAGCGGAUCUACCGAGAUUUGGGUUGGACCGGCCAGCCAGAAUUCGUCAAUCCCCGAUGCGAUUCAAAGGGAUAUGUCCGAAGCCUUGGCCAUGACCUUGACGACGGCACAGGUUGACUGUAAAGUGUCGCCAAAUAUCAAGCAGCAACAGUAUGAAAGGAUGAUUGGGCCCAUUGCUUUUCAUCCCGCCAGUGUACUCUUCGAGACUCCCAUUCUCUCCGACCUCAUCCGGAUACCGGGCGUCGAGCAUUUGGUCUCGGAAGUGAUAGAAGAGCUGAUCCAAAUUGCCACUGCACAGGGCUGUCAAUUUCCGAACGAUUUCAAAAAGACCACGAUAGCGGCAAUGGUUGCCACCAGUUCAGAGCCAUGCACGAUGUAUCAAGAUUUCACAGCAAGACGUCCCAUGGAGGUCGAGACAUAUUUGGGUUCUCCAGUCGAGAUAGCAAAGUGCGUCAAUGUCAAGGUCCCGCGACUUGAGACUCUGUAUACGAUGCUGCGCCACAUCAACACGGUGAACAAAGACCGACCACUUGCGAACGCACCACAGCCCAUGGUGGCGCAGUCCGGCCUGCCACAGUCGCCUCCUAUCACACAACAACCUCCUCCGCGGUCCAUGUCUUUGUCAAACCCUCCGCCCCCGCGACAACCCAAUCCUUCGCUGAAUGGUGGCCCGAGGCCUAUGAGGGGUCCUCCUCUUCUGGGAGGACCGAUGGGUCCGCCGGGCAGGCGAGGUCCUCCUCCUGUCAAUGGGUAUCGAGGUAUGCCGAAUGGUCAUCCACCGAACGGUCAUCCACCGCGUGGACCGAACCAACUACAACGCCGCCCGUCAUAUGAUGAAACCAAUCUGGACGAGUUCAGUCAUGUUGUACUCUAUGAUGACAUACCGGACGGCGAUAUUGCUGGAGGAGCAUAUCCAGAUCAUGCGGCGCCCGGUGGAAUCUCAUUACGUGAGAGAGAGAUCAUGCUGCGCGCGAAGGAAUUACAUCUGAGGCAACAAGAGAUGAUGAUGAAGGAUCGAGGGGCACGGAGAGCGUCACGCAACCGUCGUCAAGAUUUCGACGAUGACGAUGACGAUGAUGACUAUUUCGAUCCCAUGCAGGCACGCGGUCCCCCGCCAGUGCCUAUGGAUCCCGACAAUUUCGACAUGAUGAGCGUGACCUCGAGGCGAACCAAGAAGACCAGCAGCCAAAGCCAACUACGCAAGGAUGCGUUCGCGAACGGCAACAGCAUGCGCCCUGGCUCGUAUGGGAGACCGAUGCCCGGAAGACACCGAACCAGCACCCAACUGAUGUCGGACAUGCCUAUCCUAGGUUCCAACAUCCUUGAUAACCCGAUGAUGGGCUUCUCCUCCAACCGGUAUGGCGCGGUGGAUCGAAAAGAGAUGGCGGAUGAAUCCCGUGCCAACUCGCUAACAGCAAGCCGUCUUCAAGACAUGGGCAUUGGUGGCGGGCCAUAUCCCGGGCCGCCUAGUCGUCGAACAAGCCGGUCCCCUGGCAACCCCUUGGGACCCCCUGGGAAGAUGCCAGGUCGGCCUUCACCCCCCAACGACCCUUACAUGUAUUCAGGUCCUCCACGGAACGGCAGACCUUCACCGCCAGGAGCCAUGCAAGCCCCCGUGCCGAGGUAUCCUCCUGGGCAUGGCAAUAUGAUUCAUCCACAGCAAGUCGAAGAGGCUGGGGUGAGCAAACCAUUCCCACCGCCCAAAGCUCCUGUCAAAAGUCUAACUGGAAGUGCCAGUGCUAGCGCAGGAAGUGGUGACAGUGGUAGUGCCAACAUUGAAUCUGAGCCUUCGGCUCACAGCAGUACCAGUAGCUUCGCGGCUCGACCAAUGCUGGGUACCCAAUAA